AGAAAAUUUUGUUAACAAGAAAUCAAAAUCUAAAAAAAAAACCCAGAUCAAGAAACAAUCUAACAAUGCCAAAGAGAAAAACUAACACAUCAAAAAAUGCUUCAAACACCAAAAAACAAGUAGUUGGGGAAAUAAGACAAAAGGCUGUGAAUGUUGGAAAUGGAGUUAAAGAGAAGCAGCAGCAGCAGAAUUGUUGCCAUCAGUGUGGUGACAAGGGUAAAGAUGAUGUGAUCGACUGCAAGAAAUGCGGGUCGGAGCGAUAUUGUGUCCACUGCAAGAGUAUAUGGUACCCCGAUGUUUCCAUGGAGGAGUUUGCUAAGGCCUGCCCUGUUUGUUGCAAUAAUUGCAAUUGCAACACAUGCUUGCGUGGAUUAUCUCUUGAAUUAUUGCAGGUUUUGCCGGGGUAUUCUUGCUCCGAACCUGAUAAGAUCCAAUACUCCAAACAAUUACUGCAGCAAGUCUAUCCCCUUUUGAAAAAACUAUAUGAAGAAUCCCAAAUCGAGAAUGAAAUAGAGGCUGAGAUUAAAGCAUCAUCAUCAGAUGAGAAAUCGCAGAAUUAUGAAUUUGAAGUAGCUGAUGAUAUAACUUGUGACAAUUGUGGAGCAUAUUUCUUUUGCUUCUGUGGAAGUUGUACGCAGUGUGGCUAUGACUUAUGCAUUGCAUGUUUACAUGAAUUGUGUGAUGGAAGCCUUAAGUGGAAAUGCAGGGCAGAUGGUAGCAUUCCAUGCCCACCCAUAGAUCUUGGUGGUUGCGAUAGUGGAAAAUUUAAGCUGAAACACGUAAUGCUUUUUGAAGAUGUUGAAGAAAUGUUAAAGAAAGCACAGGGAAUUUAUGAAAUGAUUGGAAGUGAUGAUAUUCUCGAGACUUCAACAAAGUGCAGUAUCUGUUGUGAUUCUUCUAAUAAUAAUAUGCAAGAAAAAUCAAAUGCGAACUGUUUGUAUUCUCCAAGUGCAAAAGACAUUCAAGGUCAAGAUGUGAAGCAUUUCCAGUGGCAUUGGUCAAAAGGUGAACCCAUUAUAGUGAGUGAUGUGCUUGUAACUUCUUCAGGGCUAAGUUGGGAGCCGAUGGUUUUGUGGCGGGCUUUUAGUGAUAUCAAAAAUAGUGGUGAUCGCCCGCGUGCUUAUAAAGUGAAUGCAUUUGACUGCUCGAAUGGAAAAGAGGUGGCUGUUUAUCUUCACGAUUUCCUAAGAAGAUACUCAGAAGGUGGAUUCUAUAGGAAAAAGAGUCCCACGCUUCUGAAGUUGGAAAAUUGGCAGCCACCUAGCUUAUCUCAAGGAGAAUGGCCACGGCAUUUUGCUGAAUUUAUAAGCUGUUUGCCCUUCAAAGAAUACACGCACCCGCACAAUGGUUACUUCAAUGUUGCUUCUAAAUUUCCUGAUGUGUCCUCAGAACUAGACAUGGGUCCAAGGAUGGAUAUGGCGUACGGAGUGGAAGAAGAGCUGAAAUCUGGAGACUCUGUUACUAAGCUUCACUGUGAUAUGUCUGAUACCGUGAAUGUACUGACACAUACUAAAUCUGCUUACAAUUUAUCUGCAAAGCUCAACAAGAAAAAUUCGGGGAAACGGAAGCAUUGUGACCAAGAUAGGGCUUCAGUGUCCGAGGAAGGUGACUCGAUGGUGGAAGGUGCUCUGUGGGACGUCUUCCCGAGGCAAGAUAUAACUAAACUAAAGAAAUAUCUAUGGAAACACUCGGCAGACUUUAAGCUUGGUGAUUGUCCCUCAGCUGAGAAGGUUUUUUUCCCAAUACAUGACAACAGCUUUUACCUGAAUACGGAGCACAAAAGAAAGCUCAAAGAGGAAUUUGGAAUCGAACCAUGGACCUACAAACAAAAGCUAGGUGAUGCAGUACUUAUACCAGCUGGGUGUCCGUACCAAGUUAGAAACUUGAAGUCGUGUACGAAGGUUGAACUGAACUUUUUUUCACCUGAAAGUCUACGCUCGUGCAUCCUCAUGCAAGGAGAACUCCGUAAACUGCCCAACAACAACAAGGCCAGACAAAAAAUGCAAAAUAUUGGCAAAAUGAUGAUUUGUGCAUUAAAGCGCGCCUUGACAGAUAUAUGUUCAAAGGGGCCCAUUGAUGAUCUUCAAUUCCCCAACGAUCCUGAGAUCAAUAUUGUUUCAGAUGAUGGUGAAAAUAAUUUCAAUCACAGAGAUGGUUGGAUGGAUGAUUGUGAGACCGGGGAUAUUAACCAUGAUGAUCUGCGCCAAGAAAUGGUUUCAAAUGAAUGGAUCAUCUUAAGCAGUUCGAGUUCUCAAAAUGAGUCCCCAUCGUUGCACACUACAGACCAUGUAGUUGAUCAGGAGCCAGCCUCCAAUAAAAACGCUACCGAAACUGAAGGAACAUACAGGGGACAUGCAGUUGGAGUAGCAGAAAAAGAGCUCUUAGAGGCUUUCGAGCUGCAUUACCCCAACGCAUUCAAAUGGGCUAGAAUUGGCUCAGGAUCAUUCUGGCCCGCAAUAUUGAUAGAACUAUAUAAUCUCAUCAAAGUCAUUUCGGAAACAUCAGUGGAAGAACUUGUGGAUCAAGAGCAAAUCACUAGACUUGAAGAUCAAGUAAGUGGACUAAAAAUUGUUGGAUUCGAUUUGUCAUGGAUAGAGAAGAGGCUACAUAUGGUCAAGGAGGUAAGGUUUGGAGAUUACCCGUUAAACCAAGACCUUCUUGAACUACAAGAAUCCAUAGCAUCACUCAAGGAGGAGAUGAACGAGAGACAAAGAAAAUCCAUUGAAGCUCAACUAUUGUUUGAAAAGGCUCAGAUCAAGUAUGCUGCUGCUAAAAAGGCUAGAAACAAGCUACACGAGAUGACACAGAAGUAUGGAGACGGGCUUGUAUUAGCUGGUCGACUUGGUUCUGGCAUGUUUUCAAGUAGAUAACAACAACUAAAGACCCAUUAACAGUUCGGUUUGAAGAUCACAUCACCAGAAAUUCCAUCUAUCGUUCAGUUUGUUUGUUUAUGAACUUUGAUACAUUCAAUGUGUGACUUUCACCAUAUUUUUCUGUUAUGAUGAUUAAGUAUAAUUGCCAACUUGUAUAAUUGUUCGGUUUUUACGAUA